UACAUCCGUUGUUCUGCGAUUUCUGAAAAUUUUAUAUCAAGUCGCCUGAGCCAGUCUCCUGCGUAGUUUCCUCUUGUGGUUUCUUAGGGCGAGAUGAUAGGGGCAGAGGGUUGUUCGGGGUUCCUGUUACAAACCUCUCUCUCUCACACACACAGGAGAAACGCCUCUGCAGUUUAUUUCAGGCAGGAAGCUGUAAGAACACAGUAACCCGGCUGCUCUAGGAGCAGCAGAAGUCAACAUUUAAUGGGUCUAACGUUCCGGCUUAACCCUUCUGUCCAGACCUUUCGCUUUCCGAUCUGAGCGAGCCCACCCCCCAGCCAUAGGACCAGAGCCGGGCUUUUUAUUUUGUGAAUUACAAAGCAAAAAGACAUUGUAACUCAAGGGAGGGAGUCCCCAGAACUGCAAGGGGGGAGCUGGGGGAGAGGCGGCUGGAUGAACGGAGCGGAGCAGCUGAGACCUGCUCCUGCUGUCCUGCGAUGUGAAGGUAGAUCACAUUGGAGACGGACAACUGAAAGGUGGGGAGCACCGAUCAUCCGGUGAGUGAAAUAGCUCACGGUCAGGAUUGCUUGGCUGCAUCUGGGUAACGAGAAUUCCGCCUCGAGCAUGCCUGCCUCCGUAACCAACUCAUCCCACACGGACUCCGGACCACCUUUAAACCAGCAGAGUUCGGAUCCGAACAGGACAAACAGUACAGACACAAAUUCAAAAACACCAGCAACAGUUCUCUUUCAGGAUCCUCCGCUCCACGCUCGCAGCAAUGCGCCGGCACCUAACCUCUCUACAGUCAGCCCUGCCUCAGCUGAGGGUCACACUCUCUCAGAAUUGCAAAGGACCCACUCUGUACUACAUCCUCAGGUGAAUUCAUACUCUCAACAAACAGUAUUUCAACUCCAUCUCAAACAUCAAAAACUACAGUGAAUUACUAAGCAAGAAGCCCUCCAUUUUGACUGACAAUUUCCCCCAGCCAAAAUGUGCGUCUUGUUUCGAAUGUCACUUUUACUGGGUUAUUUCCUAUACUGGACCAUAGUUCAAGCUGAAAUGCAUGUUUACCGUACUCCUGGAAGCUCUGUCUUCUUUCCUGGAGUGGAUGAGGAGCAAAAGAACAAGGCUCAACAUUUUCGAUGGAAAUUUUCCAAUGGGAAUGCAGAGGAUGGAAUCACUAAACCAGUGCUGCAGUUUCAAAGAGGGGAUAUGCAACCUUCUGUAUUAAAAAUGUACAGGGGUCGUCUUGAUUUCUUCCGUAAUAAUGGAUCAUUGAUCCUCCAUCAUUUAACUUCUUCAGAUGAAGGUCUUUAUACCCUUCAGAUCAAUCUGCAAAAUUCCACAGCUCAAGCUAUUCAUCUUCGGGUGAUAGAUGAGCUACCGCAACCCUCGAUAUUCAGCAACUCCAGCAGCCUCCAUUCCACCAUCAUGCUGAUCUGUGUUGUUUCCGACCAGCCUCAGGAGUAUCAAUGGCAGAAAGAUGGAGGGAACAUCUCUGAAUAUCACUUGCUAGUAAAUGAGAACAGAAGCCUAAUCAUCCCGAAUGCUCAGAAGAACACGUGUGGGGUGUAUACAUGCAUUGUAAUCAAUCCCGUCAGCUCUCGCCAGGCUGAUUACAUAGUAACUAUUUAUGGCAUUGCAUCAGAGCAAUACGUAAUUAUUGCUGCAGCAAUCGUAGGAUUGAUAUUCUCUGCGGUCUCUUUUGUUACAUUAAUGCUGCAGUGCUGUCUGAAUGAAGAACUCAGUAAUCAAGCGCAAAAGAAGUUUUUCCUGAUCUUACUCGUUGGUAACAUUAUUUCUCUUAUUGCCAUUCUCAUUGCCCUCAUUUCCUGGCUUUGUAUUCAAGGUGUUACAAUUGUGCCUCUAGCGACGUUACUGUUUGUUUCCAUCGUUUUGGUGUUUGCUGUGAUUGCCAUGAUCAAUGUUUGGAACAUGGACUGUCUGUGCAUGAAGAAAUUCCUAAGCAACGCAGGUUUUCGAGGUUUACUUGAUGGAAGUCCCCCCCUGAUUCCUUUAAUUGUGAUCGUCAUCUCAAUCACCAUCCUGGUGGAGGAGAUUCGUCAGAACAAUCAAGGUUGCAGUGCUGUCUCAUUAACAUGGAUCAUGGUGGGCUUAAUAUUGGGCAUCGGUUUUCUCAUCUUUGUAUUUUAUAUCGCAAUGUGGUGCUACUCAAAUAAGGAGAGAAACAGAAAUCCAACACCUAAUGAUUCACAGCAGGAUGAAUGUGUGGAACUACAAUCUCGAAAUUCCAGUGAGCAAGACUCAAAUAAGGAGAGAAACAGAAAUCCAACACCUAAUGAUUCACAGCAGGAUGAAUGUGUGGAACUACAAUCUCGAAAUUCCAGUGAGCAAGGUUGUUAAUUAAAACUCCCUUGAAAUGAGUGUCAUUGUAGAAAUUUCCUGAUAGCAGUGUGGUGGUUUGGUCUCCAACUCUCCAAAAGGAAUUUGGGAAUUAUGUAUACUACAUAUUGACUGUUUCUUCAUUUCAAGAACCUCAUUGCCUGAUUACAGACAGUGUUCAUUUCUGUUGGUUUAAUUUCUGUUCUCACUGUUGUAUCACACACCUCCUGUAUAAGGAACUAGGGAACACUUCCUUGAAGAGAGGCUGAUGAUAUCUCCUUAACAUUUGAGGUUGGAUUAUGUUGAGAACAGCAAA